CAACACCGAAAAGAAGACAUUUUCAACCACUAGAUCGCAAUUAUAUGCUUGGCCAUUAUUUUCUAGAAAAAACAAGUAAAUACGCGAAAACAGACCUUUUUUGAUAGUUUAAAAAAUGUCUGCACCAUUGGAAAACCUAGAGACGCAACUGGAGAUGUUCAUCGAGAAUGUGCGACAAAUACGCAUCAUAGUUAGCGAUUUCCAGCCACAGGGUCAAAACGUUCUGAAUCAAAAAAUUAACAGCUUGGUAACUGGACUCCAGGAAAUCGACAAACUUCGCUCGCAAGUGCAGGACGUGUAUGUGCCCUUCGAGGUGUUCUUCGAUUACAUUGACCAGGACAAAAAUCCUCAGCUGUACACCAAGGAUUGUGUGGAAAAGGCUCUGGCCAAGAACGAGGAAGUCAAGGGCAAGAUUGAGAGCCUCAAAAAGUUUAAGACUAAUCUUCUAUUGGAGUUGUACAAAACCUUUCCCAACGAAAUGAACAGCUACAGAGCCUAUCGAAAAGAUUCAAUGUAAAGAGGGACCAACUACCCAAAUCCUAGUUUCUAAGCGUCACACAAAUAAAUAUAACUUAUAAUAAAUGAAAA